AUGUCAGCCCAUCACCGGUGUAAUCAGUGUCUUUCCCCUGGCUGUUCGUCAUUCUUCCCCCAGCCUGCAGAUCCAUCUAGAUGCUAUUGCGGUCAUUCUUCAACAUCUCAUGACCAAAGUCCGCCCCCAGCAGAACCUAUGCGCCGUCCUUCAUUCCCACCCAGAGGAGGGAUAGGUCCAUGCUCUGAAUUUCGAAGUGUUGGUAACAUCCAGAUUGAAGACUAUUUUCAACUAUGUACAUGUGGUCAGCGUUACAGCGAGCAUGCGCAAAUAGGAUCUGUGGCACCCCCCCAAUCCAGCACACUGGUUCGGCCACCACCCAGUUCACUUGCUAUCCAAAAUCAGCCAUAUCGUGUUCCUUCCACCAUUUUGCCGCCCAACAGUUCCACUCUACCGUCUACAAACCAUAAUUUCUUUUCUGAUCUCCCAGCACACUCGAUUCCACUGUACCAGUCUCCUGCGAUUUCUGGACCUUCGUUGGUCACUGGAUACACACCUGCCCAUCAAGCUUCCCAGCUGCAGGUCACCCGUGGUCAUACCACCUUUGGAGUGCCCAUGUCAGGUGUUUCUAUGACUACUAAUGGUUUACGAGGACGCACUCGUGGCCGUGGCCGUGGAAUUGUCAUUAGUGCUCCCAUGUGUACCCUAUGUAUCCAGUUAAUUCUCAUACCUCGAGACCGCAUGCUGGAUUACACAUCUCAAUAUGAUGAACACAGUCAGUUUCUCACCGAGCGAGGACUCACACGGGCUGUCACUCUUACUGGACAACGUGAUGCUGAUUCUGUCAUGAAUCAGAUUCUCCAUGCGGUGACGCAGAUGGCUCAUGAUGGCGGGCUAAAAUUUCCAACAUGGGAGCCUGAACCUCUUUUAUUAGCCACUGAUGCCCCCAAUCGCGAAGUGCGACUGCAGUUCCAUGGACUGCCCUUCAGAUUCUUGCAGCCAGGCAAUUCCAAUGCGACUCAGGGACGGAGACAUCUCAAGGUAGAUUCCAGUUUCUGUUGGCAAACAUUAGAAGCUGGCAAGUUCUUCAAGAGGUGUGAGCGCAUUAAGAGCCCCGAAGAUUCCAGUCUAUCGCUUGUAUACCUUUGCCUGAAAGGUGGGGAUGUCAUCGGUCCAUUGAUCAAAGGGUCUCCAUACCAGCACCACUGCUUUGCCAACCGCAUUAUUGCCCAUCUUAUUCAAGGUUAUGAAGACCCUCCUGACAUCCCUGAUCGCUUCACAACUGUGCCGUGCAAUUCUGCCUGUCCACCAGAAGAUUCAGUUGACCCACUUGAACUAGAGGCUCGCACUCCAGCACCAUCACCCGCCAUCUGUACUCGGUCCAUCCCAUCGACACCUGCCACAAGUGCAUCGGCUAUCAGUACACCAUCUUCUGCCUCAUCCACCAGCAACAAUGUGUCAGCGUCGAACCCAGUGCCACGCUAUCACAAUCGUGAUCGGUCAGCAUCCCCUGGACAUGCAUCUGCUGGUAACACCAGUAUUCUGUUUCAUCGUGAAUCACAAUCUCGCCCAGCAGUUCAGGAAAGACUUAUUGACCUGCGUCCUUUGGUCCAAAUUCCUCGUCCACGGUCACCUGUACGUGCCUACCCUCAGCCUUCAUCAUCACAUGAUUCUAUCACCCUACCACCUAAUCAGUCGCAACCUGCUGCAGCUUCUCUGGUGGACACUGUUCCGGAUGGCCUACCAUCUUCUGAUAAUACUGGCAGCACGGUCAGUAUUGUUCGCCGCAGCCUUAGACAGGAAACCCGUAGGCAUGCACAGGCACAUCACGACCCUGGAUCACCAACUGUCCCAUCAGGCACUAUCUUGUUCACAUCAAUUGAUGAUCUUUGUAACAGCAUCAAUGCAUCGGCCAAUAUGGACCAUUCCAACAUCGUACUGCAGAUUGAAGCAGAGUCCCUUAUCCACGCUGCCACUGGACUGGUGGGGUGGCUUAAGCACCAACGCCUGCACGCUGAUGACCCACAUCCAUAUAAGGCACCCAGUAAUGCGUCAACAUUUCUCAUCCAUCCUGAUGUGCCUGAAGAUCGGCUCAACACAUUUUCAAUGAUCUGGCAAGUGCGGGCCGGACAUGGGGAUGCUACAGAUAGCAUUGGCGAUGGGGUCUUGCGCCAGGUCCUUGAGAUUGCCCUUGCGCAUUGUAUAUCAUGGAAGCCUGCCGGUGACCACAGUGGUGAUCGGAUCCUGGCAGAUGCUGAUGGUGAUACUUGUGAGACGCUGGAUGAUGGAUAUGUGUCCCUCAAGAUUUCACGCUUUCCCUCUGAGGACAAGCUCGAUGUAGUGUUCGCCCUUGGACAGCUGGCUGCCAUCUAUAUGCUGAAAGUUGGCAAUGGACCUGAUCCAAUCUCACCUGCACUGCUCGAGUGCAUUAUAAAUGGUGUUGAUUCCAUUGUGGACCUUCCCUGGAUUCGGCAUUUCUAUCAAUCCCUUAGCCCAACACUCUCUCUACUGCAUCACCAAAAGUCCCAAACCUAG